AUGACAGAUGGGUAUAAGCAGAUGGUUGAAGUACUGGAAGACAAUGAUAUAAUAGUGGUCAUCUUGAUAAGCUUUUCAUUUAAUCUUCUUUUUCAUAGUGAUCUUAGUGAAAAUCAGAUUCAAGCCAUACCCAGGAAGGCAUUUCGUGGAGCAGUAGACAUAAAAAAUCUGCAACUGGAUUACAACCAGAUCAGCUGUAUUGAAGAUGGGGCAUUUAGGGCUCUACGCGACCUGGAAGUGCUUACUCUCAACAACAAUAACAUCACUCGACUGUCCGUCGCAAGUUUCAAUCAUAUGCCCAAACUCAGAACUUUUCGCCUGCACUCCAACAACCUCUACUGCGACUGCCACCUGGCCUGGCUGUCAGACUGGCUGCGGCAGCGGCCCCGUGUAGGCCUGUACACUCAGUGCAUGGGCCCGGCACACCUGCGGGGCCACAAUGUGGCUGAGGUCCAGAAGCGGGAGUUCGUCUGCAGUGGUCACCAAUCAUUUAUGGCUCCAUCCUGCAGUGUCUUGCAUUGUCCUGCUGCGUGCACCUGUAGUAACAACAUUGUGGAUUGUCGUGGGAAAGGCCUUACUGAAAUUCCAACAAAUCUUCCAGAAACCAUUACUGAAAUACGGUUAGAACAAAAUUCAAUCAAAGUCAUACCUCCUGGAGCUUUCUCACCCUAUAAAAAGCUUCGAAGAAUUGACCUGAGCAAUAACCAGAUCUCUGAAGCGGCUCCAGAUGCUUUCCAGGGCUUACGUUCUCUCAAUUCACUUGUCCUCUAUGGCAAUAAAAUUACAGAACUUCCAAAAGGCCUAUUUGAAGGACUCUUUUCUCUGCAAUUGCUAUUAUUAAAUGCCAACAAGAUCAAUUGCCUGCGAGUUGAUGCUUUUCAAGAUCUGCACAACUUGAAUCUCCUAUCUUUGUAUGACAACAAACUUCAGACCAUUGCAAAAGGCACCUUUUCACCUCUACGUGCAAUUCAAACCUUGCAUUUGGCUCAGAACCCAUUUAUCUGUGACUGCCAUCUGAAGUGGCUGGCGGAUUAUCUUCAUACAAACCCCAUUGAGACCAGUGGUGCCCGCUGCACCAGCCCCCGCCGUCUGGCAAACAAAAGGAUCGGCCAGAUCAAAAGCAAGAAAUUCCGCUGCUCAGGCACUGAAGAUUACAGAUCCAAAUUAAGUGGAGACUGCUUUGCAGAUUUGGCUUGCCCUGAGAAAUGUCGCUGUGAAGGGACCACAGUGGACUGCUCCAAUCAGAAACUCAACAAAAUACCUGAUCACAUCCCACAGUACACAGCAGAGUUGCGACUCAAUAACAAUGAAUUUUCAGUCCUGGAAGCUACUGGAAUCUUUAAGAAGCUUCCUCAACUGCGAAAAAUAAACCUGAGCAAUAACAAGAUUACAGAUAUUGAAGAAGGUGCAUUUGAUGGAGCCUCUGGUGUCAAUGAAUUAUUGCUCACUAGCAAUCGUUUGGAAACUGUUCGAGACAAAAUGUUCAAAGGACUGGAAAGUCUUAAAACACUGAUGCUGAGGAGCAACCGUGUGAGCUGUGUGGGGAACGACAGCUUCACAGGCCUGAGCUCUGUCCGUCUGCUCUCACUGUAUGACAACCAGAUCACUACCGUGGCACCCGGCUCCUUUGAUACCCUGCAUUCCCUCUCUACAUUAAACCUCUUGGCCAAUCCCUUCAACUGCAACUGCCAUCUUGCGUGGCUUGGAGAUUGGCUAAGGAAGAAACGCAUUGUGACGGGAAAUCCUCGCUGUCAGAAACCUUACUUCCUCAAAGAGAUUCCUAUCCAGGAUGUGGCAAUUCAGGAUUUUACAUGUGAUGAUGGAAAUGAUGACAAUAGCUGCUCUCCGCUGUCCCGCUGUCCUGCAGAAUGUACUUGUCUAGACACAGUUGUUCGCUGCAGCAACAAAGGCCUAAAAGCUUUGCCUAAAGGCAUCCCAAAAGAUGUAACUGAACUAUAUUUGGAUGGAAACCAGUUUACUCUUGUUCCUAAAGAGCUCUCCAACUACAAGCAUUUAACACUUAUAGAUUUAAGUAACAACAGAAUCAGCACUCUUUCUAAUCAGAGCUUCAGCAACAUGACUCAGCUGCUCACCUUAAUUCUUAGUUACAACCGCCUGAGGUGUAUCCCUGCACGGACUUUUGAUGGGUUGAAAUCACUUAGGUUGCUGUCCUUACAUGGCAAUGAUAUUUCUGUGGUUCCUGAAGGAGCCUUUAAUGAUCUGUCAGCAUUAUCACACCUGGCUAUUGGAGCAAAUCCUCUUUAUUGUGAUUGUAACAUGCAAUGGCUGUCUGAUUGGGUAAAAUCAGAAUACAAAGAACCUGGAAUUGCACGAUGUGCUGGCCCUGGAGAAAUGGCAGAUAAACUUCUACUCACAACUCCAUCUAAAAAAUUUACUUGCCAAGGGCCCGUGGAUGUCAAUAUUCUUGCUAAGUGUAACCCUUGCUUAUCAAAUCCAUGUAAAAACGAUGGAACCUGCAAUAAUGAUCCAGUUGACUUCUAUAGAUGUACUUGCCCAUAUGGUUUCAAGGGUCAAGACUGUGAUAUUCCCAUUCAUGCCUGCAUUAGUAACCCUUGCAACCAUGGUGGAACUUGUCAUUUGAAAGAAGGAGAAAAAGAUGGUUUCUGGUGCGCUUGUGCAGAUGGAUUUGAAGGUGAAAAUUGUGAAAUAAAUGUUGAUGACUGUGAAGACAAUGACUGUGAAAAUAAUUCUACUUGUGUGGAUGGAAUUAAUAAUUAUACUUGCCUUUGUCCACCUGAAUAUACAGGUGAGCUCUGUGAGGAGAAACUAGAUUUCUGUGCUCAAAACCUGAAUCCUUGCCAGCACGACUCAAAGUGUAUCUUGACACCCAAAGGUUACAAAUGUGAUUGCACACCUGGAUAUGUAGGUGAACACUGCGAUAUUGACUUUGAUGACUGCCAGGACAAUAAAUGUAAAAAUGGAGCACAGUGUACUGAUGCAGUUAAUGGGUAUACAUGUAUUUGCCCAGAAGGAUACAGUGGCUUGUUUUGUGAGUUUUCGCCACCAAUGGUUUUACCUCGCACCAGCCCUUGUGAUAAUUAUGAAUGCCAAAAUGGAGCCCAGUGUAUUGUAAAAGAGAGUGAGCCAAUCUGCCAGUGUUUAUCAGGCUACCAGGGUGAGAAAUGUGAAAAGCUGAUCAGUAUAAACUUUGUCAACAAAGAAUCUUAUCUACAAAUCCCUUCAGCUAAGAUACACUCCCAAACCAAUAUCACUCUUCAGAUUGCCACAGAUGAAGACAGUGGGAUCCUGCUCUACAAAGGCGAUAAGGAUCAUAUAGCAGUAGAGCUGUACCGUGGUAGAGUAAGGGUCAGUUAUGACACAGGAUCUUAUCCAGCCUCUGCUAUUUACAGUGUGGAAACUAUUAAUGAUGGCAAUUUCCACAUUGUGGAGCUGCUAGCCAUGGAUCAGAUUCUGUCUUUGUCUAUUGAUGGAGGAAGCCCCAAGAUAAUUACCAAUUUGUCCAAGCAGUCCACUUUGAAUUUCGAUUCUCCACUGUAUGUCGGAGGCAUGCCUGUGAAAAAUAACAUUGCAGCCUUACGCCAGUCUCCAGGACAGAAUGGCACAAGCUUCCAUGGCUGCAUCCGUAAUCUGUAUAUCAACAGCGAACUCCAGGACUUCAGAAAUGUGCCACUGCAAGUGGGAAUUCUGCCAGGUUGCGAGCCUUGUCACAAGAAAGUUUGUGUGCAUGGAACAUGCCAUGCUACCAGCCAGUCAAGCUUUUCCUGUGAGUGUGAAGGAGGAUGGACUGGACCCCUCUGUGAUCAACAAACUAAUGACCCGUGUCUCGGAAAUAAAUGUGUGCAUGGUACCUGCUUGCCGAUCAAUGCGUUUUCAUACAGUUGUAAAUGCCUGCAGGGACAUGGGGGAGUCCUCUGUGAUGAAGAGGAAAUGCUGUUUAACCCCUGCCAAUCCAUCAGGUGUAAACAUGGCAAAUGCAGGCUUUCAGGACUUGGGAAACCAUAUUGCGAAUGCAGCAGCGGAUACACGGGGGACAGCUGUGAUAAAGAAAUCUCUUGUCGAGGGGAACGAAUCCGAGAUUACUACCAAAAGCAGCAAGGGUAUGCUGCGUGCCAGACGACCAAGAAGGUAUCGAGACUAGAAUGUAAAGGGGGAUGUUCAACCGGGCAGUGCUGUGGACCACUAAGGAGCAAGAGACGGAAAUACUCUUUUGAAUGCACUGAUGGGUCGUCAUUUGUGGACGAGAUUGAAAAAGUGGUGAAGUGUGGCUGUACAAAUUGUCCCUCCUAAGUGUUCCUGUCACACUUGUCUUUUGAAAAUGUUGUAUACUUAUUGACCGUGUCGGACUAAUUAAUGCUUCAUAGUGGAAAUAUUUGAAAUAUAUUGUAAAAUACAGAACAGACUUAUUUUUAUUAUGAGAAUAAAGACUUUUUCUUCAUUUGAAAAAAGAUUCAAGUGCUUGAACUGAGACUUCUCAUAACCAAGAGGAGCUUUGAAGAAAAAAAAAAGACCUGGUAACAUUACAACAGUGAUGGGAAACUUAACUACUUUUAACACGGAUUCUUCUUUAUAACAUGCUGAAGAUACACUGACACUAUACAUACGUGACUUUCAACAUAACAGCUCAGAGAUGAAAUGUUGACCAGAACAUGAGUCUUGUUUUUUCAUUUUUGUAUCAGUAUAUUUUAUUGUCUUGACAGACCAUACCAAUCGCUUACCUAUGGAUGAGAAUGCAUACAGAGAUAAUAAUUGUAUGAAGUACAUUUUAUCUUUCAGAAUUAUUAAGCAUCUUGAGAAGAUGAGGUCCCAUUUAGUGGAUGGGAAAUGGGAGAUAUGAGAAUAUACUAUAAUCCUGAAAUCUCCUGAUGAUGUACACUUUUAUGUCAGCAUGUUAACAAAAGAAGCAUACAAAAAGUGUUUAUCUGCCCUUUUCCAGUAUUAAUUUUUUGUAAUAUAAAUGUUUGGGGGAUGAUGAAAAUAGAUUAUUGAUGGAUAAAUUAGUAAUAAUAUGGAUUUCUGUUUCUAUGAGUUCUAAAAACAACUCUAUACAGUAUUCGGUUUCAUUGAGAAAUAUUUAUUGUAUCGAAGUACAUUGUACUUAACCCUCCUAGGUCAUCCCUUUUACUGUUUUUCAAUGCUUUAAUAUAUAUUAAUUUAUAUUUGUCCCAGUAUUUUUGUAUUUUUUUUUUAAGAAAAAGACUUAAAAAUCAGGAUUUUUUGCAAUAGAACUAACGUAGCAUGUCGUCUUGGGGUAAAUGUUUUUGGUCUGUUCCUCCCCUUCCUUUUCCCUUUUUCUUUUCCUUAGAAUCUGACCACUUGGUGUCACUGAAUCUGAAAGUGAUGACAAUCUGCAGUUUUCACAUACAGCAGAUAUUCAGGACACCUUCCAGGAACCUGUAAUGUGUGACAGAAAAUGUCUUUUACACUAGAUGGCAAUUGUAGAGAAAUUAAUUUUCCCUAUAUACAGUACUUACAGAAAAUGAGAUGGCAUGUAGAAAAUGACAUUAGAGGGUAGAUCUUUAUAAAUUAAUAUUCCCAUGGAGUCCUUUAUCUUUUUUUUUUAUAAAGAAAAAAAGACUGUGCUAUCAAGAACUGUGACUUUCCCCAAAUAAUAAAGCUACUUUACUGCCCUAAUGUUCCCCACGUUAACAUGUUGCUGCUAAAUUAUAAUGUAGAAUUGGUAAUCAUUAAUAGUGGGUUGUGUUCUUCUUUCAGUAAAACCCAGGGUACCCUGUAAAAAUGCAGAUGUUUUUCAAUUUUAUUUUAUUAUUUUUUUUACAAAAAAAAAAAGUUAGAUGUACAUGUGUAAUGCAGUGUGCUUUGUCUUAUUUGGACUGAUAUCAGUAAUGCUACUGAUGUUUGUAAAUUAAACAGAUAUUUACUUCACUAACUGCUUUUAUUUGUAUUCUUCUGAAAAGCUCAAAUUGUCUAACAGCCUUUAAUUAAACACUUGUAGUU